AUGAAGUUCGUCUACCCCGCCACCGUCCUCUUCCUUCUGGCAAGUGCUGCUGUGGCCAACCAGGCCCAAGGAGGUGCUACCAAUUGCAACGCUAAAACUUCGCCUUCAAUUACAACGGCCAGUACAAGCACGGCUGGGUCCAGCGCGGAGAUGACCUCCUCUACUACUACUUCUCCUGUGUCGGCUGCAUCAGCUGUUGAUGCCUCGGUUGCUACCGCUACCAGCGCAGGCUCCAUUGGUGCAGAAGCCGACGACUCAAGCGUGCUCUUGAAAUCAGAGUCGGCUUCGGCUUCUACAGACUCGUAUACUGCUUCAUCAUCCGAUGUCUCCACGCAAUAUUCUUCGACGACUUAUUCUUCGUACGGGUCCACGGCUUCAAGUGCUGCCAGUGCAAACUACGCCACGUCCACGGAGGCUAGCUACUCCAGCCAGGCUGCUAGUGAGACUACUGGCCAAUCCUCCUCUACUUCCAGCGAAGCGAUUGAGGCAGCGUCGUCCAGCGCUGCUGCUACGACGGAUUCAAGUAACACCAAUACGACCACAACCGCUGCUUGCACCCUGUCGGGAACUUACUCAGAAGGCACAGAUGUGUCUUCAUGCAGCAGCAUCGUCAUCAGUGACCUAUCUGUGCCCAAGGGGGUCACUCUUGAUCUGACAGACAUCGCCGACGGUGCUACCAUUACGUUCGAGGGUACAACCACAUUCGGGGAGGAAGAAUGGGAUGGCCCACUGAUCCUACUAACAGGCAAUGACCUCACAGUGACCGGAUCGGGCACUCUUGAUGGUCAAGGAUCUUGGUACUGGGAGAAAGGCACGUCAAUCUCGAAGCCCGUGUUCUUCCGUCUGAAAAAGGUCCUGUCGUCCACACUCGAGAACUUCAACAUCAAGAACUCGCCGUAUCGUACGUUCAGUAUUUUGGACUGCGAAGACACUACGCUUACGGGUCUGACUCUGGACUCUAGUGCUGGUGAUGGCACUGCUAAGAACACGGACGGCUUUGAUCUGAGUCGCAACGUUCGACUUACGAUCUCGGACUGCACCGUGUACAACCAAGACGACUGUCUCGCCAUGCAGUCCAGCAACGACACCACCUUCUCGGGCAAUACUUGCAGCGGUGGUCACGGUAUCUCGAUCGGUUCACUUGGCGGUGAUUCGGUGACCGAAUCGGACAUUGUCAGCGGGCUUACUGUGAAGAACAACAAGAUCGUGGACAGUGUCAACGGCAUUCGUAUCAAGACGAUUAUCGAUCUGUACGGGACGAUCACCGGCGCCACCUACACCGACAACACGCUGUCGAAUGUCGAAAACGCCAUUGUGAUACACUCGGAUUACAGUAAAUCGGAGGGUGGCUACACUGGUGUCGCUACCAGUAAGGUCGAGAUCACUGACAUCACAAUUUCAGGUCUAUCCGGCACGGCUAAUGACAUCUACGAUAUUCUCGUGAACCCCGACGUAGUUUCGGGCUGGACGUUCUCGGACAUUACGGUGACCGGUGACACGGGCAAUUGCAGUGGUGAGCCUAGUGGAGUAGGCUGCUAAGCUGGUGUUGGAGAUCAAAAACAUCUUACAUUUUGUAGCGUAGAAUGACGUAAAAAAAAAGACUGAAAAAUAAUCCUGUGG